GACACCGUUUCAGCAAAAAGGGACAGAUAUGAGACUACCAGUGUCUUAUAAGUUUAUGAUACAAACAUAACAAAUUUCUAGUGUAAUUAUCCCGAAUUGUUAAACCAAUUAGAUAUUUUUUUUCAAGUUAAUUCAUUACACGAUUUCUUCUAAUUGUUUAUUUUUAUUUCUAGUCAAGUCGACAUCCUUUGUCAGAAUAAAAUCUUUUUUUUCUUUUUUUGUGUUUGACUAAAAAAAAUAAAAAAAUGUGCGAUAUAUUUCAUUUUAUGUCCGAUUCGAAAAAUUUUCAAGGGUUUUUAUCCAAUGAAACAAAUCAUUGUUCUUAUGAAACACAACAAGAGGAGUCUUUACGCUGCUUAGAAGAAAGUGCAUUUGUUUUAGCUCCCGGGCUUUACCCAGAAAAAUUUGUUACCAAUCUUAAAAAAAAUACAUUGACAAAAUCCUUGACAGAUUUUAAAAAAGGAACCACAACAUUAGCAUUUGUUUUUCAAGGUGGUAUUAUUGUUGCUGCAGAUAGUCGAGCAUCCAUGGGUUCAUAUAUUGCUUCACAAUCAGUUCGCAAAAUUAUAGAGAUUAACAGUUAUUUAUUAGGAACUAUGGCUGGUGGUGCCGCAGAUUGUAGUUUUUGGGAGCGACAUCUCGCCAAAUUAUGCCGCAUUUAUGAAUUACAAAAUAAUGAAAAAAUACCAGUGGCUUCAGCGUCUAAUUUAUUAGCUAAUAUUUUUUUUCAAUAUCGCCGUUAUGGUUUAUCAUGUGGAACAAUGAUUGCCGGCUGCGAUCAUACAGGGCCUCAAUUAUAUUUUGUAGAUGAUACGGGAACUCGGGUGAAAGGAAAUCUUUUUAGUGUAGGGUCAGGUUCUACUUAUGCCUAUGGCGUUUUAGAUUCUGAGUAUCAUUUUGAUAUAUCAUUAAAGGAUGCCACGGAAUUAGCUAAAAAAGCAAUUUAUCAUGCGACCCAUCGUGAUGCUGCUUCAGGUGGCGUUGUUCGUGUGUAUCAUGUCCAUUCUCAAGGAUGGACAAAAUUAGAAGAUGGAAAAGAUGUGAAUGAAUUACAUUAUGAAUACGCAGCUGCAAAAAAUUGUGUUGGCACAGAGUUAUAAUGUAAAAAAA